GGACUCGGUGCGAGACUUUUGAAGCUCGAUCAAGCGUGACAUUGAUAUAUUAAUUAACUGUGAAUGUACUUGUGGAAUUGUUACUAUAGCAUGCAUGUACAUGCUAUGUACUGGUUAUACGUAUAUGUACAGUGAUGGCACCAACCAGCAGUAUGGUGAUCAACACGACCACACGACAUGACAACAGGCCACUGCAUACAGGCAUGGAACCAGCCAGGGCCGAGAUCACCUGUAUCUGUGACCCCCCAUCAUACUGUGAACACCGCUUCUGUAACACCACGGGGCCGUGUUUUGUGUAUCGGUUGAAAGAAAGCGAAAACAAGCCCGACAUCUUACGGAAAGGUUGUUUCGAGGCCAAGAAUCAUCAGAUGACCUGUAACUUCGACCAGAACCAUAUGUACGUGGGAACCUGCUGCGACGACAGCUUCUGUAACAGAGAUCUCAACCCCGUGUUCCUUCCCAAACAGGAGAUCGGCAGUGGCCCACUGUCGCCCGAUGCCGAUCUCCGGUUUCAGUUGCCGCUCAUCCUGGCCAUCUUGCUUCCUGUCAUCUGUGUGAUAAUCGUGAUCCCGUGCAUUGUGCUGCUGUGUCGCAGAAUCCACAAGCGGCGCAUGGACGCGCUGUUUGCCCGCGAGCGCAGACUGCUGGAGGACGACGGGAUUCGGGCAUCACAAGUCGGCGACAACACACUGCAGGAGUUGUAUGAUUCAUCAGUAACAUCAGGAAGUGGGUCGGGCUUACCGUUCCUGGUACAGCAGACUGUCGCAAGACAAGUGAGACUCGACGAGUGCAUAGGAAAGGGUCGUUAUGGCGAAGUGUGGCGCGGGAAGUACCAUGACGAAGACGUGGCUGUGAAGAUCUUCUCGUCGCGCGAUGAGGCCAGCUGGAUCCGAGAGACGGAGAUCUACAACACGUGCCUACUGCGACACGAGAACGUGCUCGGCUACUACGCCUCGGACAUGACGAGCCGCAACUCAUGCACGCAGCUGUGGCUCAUCACCCACUACCACCGACACGGCUCCCUCUACGACUACCUCCAGCGCAACAUCAUCACCAAGGAGCAGAUGCUAGAGCUGGCGCACAGCGCGGCCGCAGGGCUGGUUCACCUCCACACGGAGAUCGUCGGCAAUCACGGGAAGCUGGCCAUUGCACACAGGGACAUAAAGACGAAGAAUAUCCUCGUCAAGAAGAACGGCUCAUGUUGUAUAGGCGAUCUAGGGCUGGCGGUGACGCACGCACAGGAGAACAAUAAGUUGGAUCUGGGGAGGAAUAAUAAAGUGGGGACAAAGCGGUACAUGGCGCCAGAACUGUUGAACGAGACGUUGAAUCCAGAUUUCUUCGAUUCGUUUAAGUGCGUCGAUGUGUACGCCUUCGGGUUGGUGGUGUGGGAAAUCUGCAGGCGAACCGUGACAGGAGGUUUUGCAGAAGAGUAUAAAGUCCCCUACUGGGACCUGGUCCCAACAGAUCCCAGCUUUGAAGACAUGAAGAAAGUUGUGUGUGUAGAUCAACAGCGUCCAGUCCUGCCUAACAGAUGGGCUUGCGACCCUAUCAUGAUAAAGAUGUCGAAGCUGAUGAAGGAAUGCUGGGCACAGAAUCCCAAAGCAAGGCUGUCCAUGUUACGAGUGAAAAAGACACUUCAUGUUAUGCUCGCCUCAAAAGAGAAAGAAAAAGAAGCCGAUAUUAAAAUGAAAUAUGAUAUAGAAAGUUCGUACGAGAGUUCCAAGUGCUGACAAAACAUGAUAUUUUGCCAUACCUGAGUUGGUAACUGUUCGAGAAACCGGGAGAGAGAAGUCGAUUUUAAAACAAUGAUAUAUAAAGCUUGUAUGAGUGUUUGAAAAUGCUGACAAAAUCUUAUCAUUUUGUAACAGUUUGAGAAGCAGGGGAGAGAGAGAGACGCCAAUUCUAAAAAGAGAUAUGAUGUCGAUUUUAAAACAAAAUGAUAUAGAAAACUUGUACGAGAGUUCGAAAAUGCGGACAAAAUCUUAUCAUUUUGUAACAGUUUGUGAAGCAGGGAAGAGAGAGAGAGGCCAAUUCUAAAAGGAGAUAUGAUGUACAAAGCUUGAAUGAGACUUUGAAAUGCUGACAAAACCAUUUUUAAAUCAUCAUAGUUUGAGAAAGAGAAAGAGGCUGAUUUUAAAACAAAAUCUGAUAUGCAAAGCUCGUUCAAGAGUUUGAAAUUCUAACAGAACCAUAUUUUGUCAUUGUAGUUUUGUAAUAGUUUGAGAAAAAGAAAGGCCGAUAUUAAAAUGAAAUGGAGUGUAGAAAGCUUAUUUGUUAGUUCCAAGAGCUGACAGAAGUCUGAGUUGUUGCAUGGUUUAAGCAGAAACACGUGGAUCAAAUCUUAAUUGUAUAUUAUAGACUCUCGCACAUUUUGUUAUCCUCCAGUUUUAAGUGAUGUACAAAUGUCAAAAAUCAUGGGUGACAUACGAUGACAGAUUGAAUCAUGUGUAGUAGAUUUAUCACCCUCAUUUUGUAACAGUUCUGUUUAGUUGAGAUGUGUCAACAAGAAUCAAGUGUGGAACGGUAAGCGUAUGCUGACCCACAUCAAAUGGUGUGUAAUAGAUUGAUUUGUUCACUUUUGUUAAAGUGAUAUGCAGUAACAACAAUCGGUGACAAGAGGGUGAAAUACUAUGAGGUGCGAAUAGAAUCAUGUGUAACACAGACAGAUAAGUCAUGCAGAUUUUGAAGCCAGGAAAAGUGAAAUAAGCUAACAAAAGUGGAAUCAUGCGUAGCAUAUUGGAAAGACAUUAACAAGAAUAAAGCAUUAAAGUGUUGUCACAUGCUCCAGAUUGUGUGACAGUUUCGAUGGUUUAAGCAGUCCUCUUCAUUAACUUCUCCACCCAGGAGCCAGAUGGUGUCUCAUGUAUGUUUUAUAGAGAUAAUAUGAAAUGUUUUAGUCGCCAAAUGAAAACAAAUUGUCUCAUAGAGGGCUGUUUAAGUUGAUCUAGGGUGGUUUGAAACAUAUAUAUAACGUUCUCUGAUCUCAUCAAGUGAAACGUACGAUGGCACAAAUCAAUGUGGAAGGGUUGUGACAUUACCAGAUUUGUCACAGUUCAAAUUUGUCACAGUUCAGAAGAUUUAAGUGAAGCGUUGCCGAGGAGAAUUCUUUGUAAUAAUGUCACAAUCUGGGAUUUGUCACAUAUUUGUGUCAACUGCUUUUGUCAUGUCUCUAGUUUGAAUCAAGGUACGAUAACACAAGUGGGGUAGUUUUGCGAUACCGUAAAAUUUGUCUCACAUUGUGUCACUGUUUGCUGAGUGCUGAAAUGACCCUGACAAGAUGAUUGCCAUUAUGGCAGAGUUAAUAUAUUUGGCUGGAUUUGUCACAUAUUUUGUUAGUCAAAAAGUAUGACUAGAUUUAUAUCAUUUUGUGACUCUUUCAGAUUCAGUACUGAUAUUUUGUCACAGUUGUCCUGUUCAAAAUCAAGUCACAAAAUUUUACAUCAGAGCACAAUGGUGCAUAUCAUGUGCAUAAAAUUACAGAUAUGCAGUCACAGUUGUCAUAUUUGUACUAAGACCUAUGUACAAAUGACCAAUAAAAGUAAAGUGUCAUUCUCUUAGAAUAGUUUAUAAAAAUGUAUGUAUGAUAACUGAUGUACUUGUACUACUUGUGAAAAGUAUCAUGAAUAAAUCAAACCAUGGACCAAAUAAAAAUAAAAAUCUAAUUGAAAUUUAAAAUAAAGAAUCGUCCCUUCCUUACCAACAGUAACUGGUCAUUUAAUAUAGUUUUAAAGUAUACAUUUUGAUACAAAAGUCGUAAAAGACUGAGUUGUGUGUGGAUUGUACAUUUGCUACAUUUUAUAGCAUUGUCAACUGCAGUUACAUUUUAUUUCACAUCCAGACUGUAUUGUUAUCACAGUUCCCAAUGUGACUAACUUAGCCAUGAGACAAAAAGUAGUAAAAGACUGAGCUGUGUGUGGAUUGUAAAUUUGCUACAUGUACAUUGCAUAGCAUCGUGUGAAGUUCGUAUGAAGACUUCAUCAAACACAUGUACAUACGCUGAUAAUGACCCAGGUCGUAAAACAUUAUACCUGUGGUAAAUCGGGCAGAGGAGUCCUCUGUCUUUGUAUAUUAUCUGUAUAUUAAGGUAACACUAGUACAGCCAAAGAUCGCCUGUACAAAGUUUUAUGUAUAAAUUUGUUUUAUUAUUGCGUGUACAAAGUCUGUAUAAAACGUUUUGUUUUUAUUUUUAUUUUUAUUUUUUUUAAAGUGUAAAUUUGAAAUGUUUCAAUAAGCCAAAGAUUUGACAGUUCUUGUGAGGGCAUUGUAUGUGGAGACCAUCUGUAGAAGACUGUAACAAAUACUUGUUAUUUAACACAUUGAUCUUUGAUCUUUGUUCUAAAUGAUCGUUAUGAAAUCUAAGAAAUUUGUUGGGAAUUUUAUUGUUUCUCUUUGCUGUCACUUGAGGAAUAACAACAUUCACAAUGCGGUUCAUAGAUAUCAUAUAGAACCUAGGUUAAAAUUAAAAUGUACUAAUUUUUCAAAUUACUAAUUUACUUCAGAUUAUUUUUUAAAUUAAUUAUUUUGAAAACAACUUUAAAUAAUUUGUUGUAGAAUUGGAAACUUUACAGAAUCUUCAUCAUAACCACGCCAAAACGCACCCAAAAUAUAGAAGAUAUUUUUUUUUUUUAUUAUUUACAAAAAUCAUUAGAGCUUAAGUACUUAAGAGUGUCAUUAAUGCUUAAGCAGUGUUCUCAUUUUGCAAUUAGUCUCAUUGACAUGUCACAUGCGUUUUGUCGGCCCUACAAAAAUCAUAACGUAUAAGACUAAGUCGUUCCGAUUUAGGUGUUCUCACAGUAUGAUUCGAUCACGUGACAAAUCAGUACGACUAAUAGCUUAAUAGCAUCCCUUAAGUAAUAGUCUUGUUAUUGGAAGACUAAUAGCAUAAUAGCAUCCCUUAAGUAAUAGUCUUGUUAUUGGAAGACUAAUAGCUUAAUAGCAUCCCUUAAGUAAUAGUCUUGUUAUUGGAAUCGACUAGUCCUUAAUUAGACAUGACUAUUUCUUCUUUAUCUGUAAUCAUGUAUUAAGUGAGUGAUUAGUUUUUUGCCAUUGGACAGCAAAUAUGUAAUAAUGUGUAUAAUAACAACUAACUGACAUCCAAAAGAAACUUUAUAUACAUAAAAUGUGAAUAAUUUGAUAAAUAUUGUUGGUGAUUAAAAAGAACCAAUUUGGAAACCACCUUACAGACAUUUUGCAUGUAUCACGAAGUGCAUUGUGACAUUUAGAUAUUGAACUUCAUGAUACUUUCAUAUCCCACCGUACCGUUUGUUGGUUUUCUAUAAUACAAUUUGAAGCCUUGUAAAGUUUCUUUUGGACAUCAGUAUAUAUGAUUUUAGAUAUUGAACUUCACGAUACUUUCAUAUCCCACCGUACCGUUUGUUGGUUUUCUACAAUACAAUUUCAAGUCUUAUAAAAUUUCUUUUGGCAGUCGGUCAAUCUUAUGAUCACUGUACGCUGUUGUAUGAUGUAAAUUAUUGUUCGAGUUUCAGUUAGCGUUGCAGGGCGUUCAUGUUUCAAAACAUUGCCAGACCUUGCACUGUUGACUGUUGCUAUGGAUACCUUCGUGGUUGUUUCGGUUUAAAAGCCUGACAUACUGCAAUUAGUAAUAAGCCGAUUGAACAAUGAUGAAAUUAUUUUAAAUUAUAACGUUUGAAAAUAGUAUUAUUUCAAUAGAUUGGCCAUGGUAACAAAAAUAACAAUUGGAAAGUUGUGAAAUAACAAAACAGUUGUUAAAUAAAUACUGUAGGUAGAAACUUUUUUAACAAUAAAAUACUUUUAUAAUUAUUUUGACAACAAUUUGUACAAAAACCUUUAUCUUUUACUUUAUUUUGAAAAGUAUAAAGCUUGUUAAAUAAAUACUCCAAACCUUUUUUUUUGUAAUAAAAAAAAAUUGGAAUUAUUUUUACCAGAUUUUUUACAAAUUCCUUUAUCUUUUACUUUAUGUUAAAAGGUGUAAACCUGGUUAAAUAAAUAUUCCAAACUAUUUUUUGGGCAAUAAAAACAAUUUUGGAAGUUGUUUUGAAUUUUUUUUUUACAAAUUCCUUUAUCUUUGUUUUAUUUUGAUAACCGUUUACAUUUUUGUCCUAAAGCUGGUACAUUCAGAAAAUACAGAAUGUGACCCAAUGAAGAAUUCAACCGCCAACCCAUGGUUGGUUUUUUAAAGUUGCUCUUGAGGUUGCACACCAUCGUUUACUUUUUUAUGUAUUUCAGUAUAAUUUCUAUGUCAGAAUAUGUUCAGUUAAAAAAUAGGACAAUGUAGAGAGGGCAACAAGACUGCUACUUUUAGUAAGUAAAGUCACUUGGUAACUACCCAGCAAAAAAAUCAACACAAAAUAGAUUGAUGACUUAAAUUUUAGUAUCAAACUUAUUGACUCUUAAGUCAAAGCACCACUUCAUUUUGCUGUUAUGUAAGUGGUAGCUUACCACCUGUACAGUUGUUAUAUUUUACUACUAAAAAUAACAAUUAAUUUCAAACCAAUGUUGUUGUUUUUUAAAUACUACAGAUGUCAACCUGCUUGUAAUGAUCAAAGAAAAAUUUGAAAAGGCAUUUUAGUAGUUUACAUUUUGUUACUGAAGACCUAUUUCCAAAACGGGACUAUAUCAUGGUGUUAUACGAAGUAACAACAUUGGCAAUGGUGGUGUUUUGUGUGUGUGUGCUUGUGAGUGCGUGCGCGUGUCUGUGUGUUUGUGUGUGUGUGUGCGCGCGUGUGUGUGGGUGUGCGUGUGUGUGUGUGUGUGUGUGUGUGUGUGUGUGUGUGUGUGUGAUGCCCUAAAACACUGUUCAUUGAACUUUCUCUACUAUUGAGUCUGUAUUCAUAGAACUAUUUCUACUUUUAAGUCUUGUUAUAUAAACAGUUGGCCACCUAUGCUUACCUAACUGUAUGAUUGGUUUGAAUACUAUAUAGCAAUAAAUAUGUGUUGUAUGUGAUGAUGUCAAGUUUGAUACUGUUUUUAUAUUAAAGGGGCAGUCUUGAAGUUGCAUAAUGACCAAAAAUAAAAUAAGUUUCAUUUUCUUAUGAACUACCUAUAAAUAUUACACCUUUUAAUUGCAUGCCUACAAAAAAUAUUAAAUCAAAUAUAACAAUUUUAACUACUAUUUAUACAUUUAUAAGGGUGACCAACAGGUUAACAUGUGUGUAACAGUUGGAAUUUUAAUUGCAUCUCCAUACAGUGAAAGAAGAUAUUAAGGGGUUUUUCCUUUAUAUUUUUCACCUAUAAAUUUUGAGAAAACUGUUAAGUCUACAAUUAAUGAUCUUAUUCUGAGAACAGACGUUAAUUUACAGUGACCACAGUGACUAUACCAACAUAUAGCAGAAAGCACUGAUAAGCAAAGUUUGAUGAUCUUAUUCUGAGAACAGACGUUAAUUUACAGUGACCACAGUGACUAUACCAACAUAUAGCAGAAAGCACUGAUAAGCAAAGUUUGAUGAUCUUAUUCUGAGAACAGACGUUAAUUUACAGUGACCACAGUGACUAUACCAACAUAUAGCAGAAAGCACUGAUACGCAAAGUUUGAUGAUCUUAUUCUGAGAACAGACGUUAAUUUACAGUGACCACAGUGACUAUACCAACAUAUAGCAGAAACCACUGAUACGCAAAGUUUGAUUAUGUGGCAUCAAGUAAUUUGUAGCUAUUUAUCGUAAAUACAUGUGAAAAUGCUGAAAUACAACUCUUGCAACUUUGGGAAUGCGCCUUUAAAUAACCAAAUUAAGAAGAUGGCAGUCUGAAUUGCUGGUCAAUACAUUAUUUGUCUGUACAUGUAUAUAUAUAUAUAUAGCAGCACCAUACCAGGUGCCUUAUACAUAGUCAUUUUUUAAAGUGACUGACCCUAGUUUUUAAACACUACAACAUAUUUUUCACUAUUAGAGUUGUUUUUGAUAAUUUAAAUUUAAAGUUAUUUCCAUUUUAUUGUUUUAGAAUAUCCAUUUCUCGUACAUCUGAAGUGUUUCUGGUCAUCCUGGUGUUUGUAAUACCCCGAAAUACAUUAUUCAUAAUUCUAAAAGUGUACGUAUCUCUGAGAAAUAAAGGUUAUUUAGCCGAAUUCUAGUCUAUUUUUAAACUGUAUUUCCCCAUUUAAGCAUCAUCGACGUUUAGUUUAACUCUAUUGUAACUUUAUCCAGAUGUGUUACAGGUUUGUAGAUUAACCAAAUUUAAGUGUCCAUUUUCACAGGUUGAAAUUAGGGUCUGCGGCUUUAAAUAUUUCACUUCAUAUUUUAAACCAAUCUCUUAAACAUCAUGAUAUGAAAUGACAUUUUUUAUUUUUUUAUUUUUACUAGACCUCGUAGGCCUAGACAUUGUUUUUGUAUUUUGAUUCUUAUUUUGGACAUGUCAGAAUUCUAUUUUUAUCAUAUAGAAAUCUAGAGACUUCUAUUUCUAUUUUUAUCUCAGAUGUAGAUUAUAAGUCAUAGGGCUAUCAAACUAGUCAAGAAUUAUAAAAUGUUUAGAGAUGGUUCUUCUAUGACUUUAAUUGUACUUCACAAGAAAAUCAUUUUUAUACGUUUUCUCUGAUUGUAGAUAAUCUUUAAAGGGCCAUAACUCCCUGCCUAAGAAAAAUAUCGACUUGUAUGUUUACAUUAAUGAUGAUUUUGAGAUAUUGUAAUUUCUACAUAUAGGUCAGAUGGAGCAUGUACCUUUAAUUAUUUUAACACGACUUAGUAUGGUGUUCAAUUUCCUAGUCAGAUUUACCUAAAACAUGCAAGAUCAGAUAAAAACCUCGACUACAAAACGGUCUUUGCCAUGAACAAAAUUCAAGGCGAGCUGAAGAUCACUCUCCUGAAAUGGUUCUAGGCGAGUGAUCACUCUCGUUACAUAUACAUGUAAUGUGCCAUUCACUACUAUUUACUCAUUUUUUUUACUAAAUUUAAAUAUAAAAUGACAGGUUUUUUUAUCAUGUUUUUUUUUAUGUAUAACAUUAUUAGUUUCCAACAUUUAAAAAAGUACAACUAAAUUAAAUAUUAAAUAAAAUGUGUCAAACAUUUUAUCACAGAAAGCAUUUGAUUCAACACUCGCCUAUAACUUGCCAGGUGAGUGUUGACGGGUGCGUGAGUGAUUGCUAACCUUGCCAGGCAUAGACUGCAAAGUGUUAAAUUAUUUAAACACCCCUUGUCUUGGAAAUAUUUUUAGUCCACUACCGGUUCAACCGAAGGAGUCAAUAAGCUUUAUCUCCAUCCUUCUGUCAGUCUGUCUGUCUGUCAGUCUGUCUGUCCAUCUGUCUGUCUGUCUGUCUGUCCAUCUUUCCCUCUGUCUCACAUAGACUUUACCAUAGUUUGAUACCCAAUAAGCUUUAUCUCCAUCCUUCUGUCAGUCUGUCUGUCUGUCCAUCUGUCCAUCUUUCCCUCCGUCUGACAUAGACUUUACCAUAGUUUGAUACCCAAUAGCCGAUGCUGGGGUGUUGUUAAACAUCUAUUCUAUCCAUCUUACCUAGAGUUUUCUGGAGAAAAAAAAUCUUUUCACAAUGACUCAAGAUAUUGAGCUGAAAAUUUGUGUAUAUCAAGUUUGACUUUCAUGGCAAUUUACCAAUUUUUGACAGAGUUAUGGCCUUCGAAGUUAGGAGA